CCCCUUUCCCCAUUUAGUUGUAAAGCUCAAUUAGGUGCCAUUAGCUGAGAAGAUUUUCUGCGGGAUUAGAGAGGGCGCCCCACCCCAAGUCUUCCUGGUCCCCUUCCCUCAACCCGGAAAUUGCAUGGGCUGGAACAAAGAGAGUUAAAAGUUGUGUCAGCUGCCUGUCUGGGGCAGACAGACAGAAGGAGGGGGACAGGUGGGGCAGCAUGACAGGUGGCUGAGAAGCCAGGUGGACAGUGGGAGAGUUGACUGGCGGGGUGGCCAGUGGAUGACAGGACAGGAAGGUGGUGGACAGACAGAUAGCAGAGGCAGACAGGCUGGAACUGUGACAGCUACAUGGAGGCCCCAGCAAGCAGCGGGACAAGGACCUGGAAGUGGCUCACCCUGGGCUCCAGCAUCCUGUUGCUCCUGUGUGUUUCUGGGCUCAGCCAACCGGCCACGGAGAAGAUUAUUAAAGGCAAGGAGUGUGCCCGUCACUCACAGCCUUGGCAAGUAGGGCUGUUUGAGGGUACCAGUCUGCGUUGUGGGGGGGUCCUCACUGGCCGCAGAUGGGUCCUCACAGCUGCUCACUGCAGUGGCAGCAGGUACUGGGUGCGCCUGGGGGAGCACAGUCUUAGCCGUCUGGACUGGACGGAGCAGAUCCGACGCAGCGGCUUCUCCGUGACCCACCCCGGCUACCAGAGAGCCGGGCACAGCCAUGACAAUGACCUCCGGCUCCUGCGACUGGGCACACCCGUCCGCUUGACCCGCAGCGUCCAGCUCCUGCCCCUGCCCACCACCUGUGCAGCGGCUGGCACCAAGUGCCACAUCUCAGGCUGGGGCAUCACCAAUCAGCCAGGGAAACCAUUCCCGGACCUGCUCCAAUGCCUCAAUGUCUCCAUCGUUUCCAGUGCUGCCUGCCAGGCUCUGUUCCCCGGGAAAAUCACGGACAACAUGGUGUGUGCCAGCGGCGCUGAUGGGGCGGAUGCCUGCCAGGGUGACUCUGGAGGACCCCUGGUGUGUGGAGGAGUCCUUCAAGGUCUGGUGUCCUGGGGAACUGUGGAGCCUUGUGGGCAAAAAGGCAUCCCAGGAGUCUACACCAACAUUUGCAAAUAUGUGGACUGGAUCCGGAUGGUCAUGAGGAACAACUAGCCUGCUCCCUCCACCUCCACCCCUCAGGUUGGGUGCUACACUGAGUGAGCCUCAGAGCACCAACACCGCCCCCCGUUAUCACUCUGGCUCCCAUCCUUCUUGCUCUGUGGAUUUUCUUCCCAGAACUCCAACUCCAGCCAGCCCUUUUAAGACCCAUGGUUGGGGGAGAAAGGAAUGAGUGACUACCUGGAAUAAAUAUAACUGGAGGAAGA